GGUUUGAACCAAAAAUACACUGAUUUCAAUUCAUGUUCAAAUAAAUUCAAUGUGACGUAAACGUAAAAUGUUCGGGAUCUCAAAUCAAGAUGGCAGCGCCCACUGACGUUAAUGCGAAUGACUUAUGUCCUUGUGACGACAUUUUGAGAUUUAACAAAGCUCUACAGAACUUCAGACAGAGUGAUGACCGGUUUAUCUACAAGCUAAACUCAAUGCUACCUACACAGUCUUUCAAGGAACGAGUGAAUCCAAAAAAGGAAUGUGAACAACUCUUUCAUCAGAUGGUUGCAGAUUAUAACAGCAGGGAAAGAUCUAUACAGAGGUGUAUAGGACUUAAGAAGGCAGAAAUACAUGAACUUUUACAGAAACAGGCAGCUAACAAAGAUGAUACCUCCAUAAAACGGGACCUGAAUACUGCCACUCUUCUGAUAAAACAGUUUCAGAAAGAAUUGCCUCAGGAACUGAUACUACGAGAUAGGAGUUUCAAGUUGUUCUACGAAAAAUGUGCAGACUUCUACCAGCCUUCAUGACCAUUCCUGUUAUCUAGGUUUUCACAGAGACUUAUUUUAUUAUCAUAUAUGAGCCAUGUCAUGCAACAAUUAGUCUUAUGCCACAUGAGAUCUGCGUAGCUACAUACCAGCCUAGGCUAUCAUGAUGUCUGGGCAGGAGCUACCCUAGCUGCUUAUGUGACACUCAGGUCUGGAGCUACGCCUGCAAUAUAUGGCAAAAGACCCAUUUUCGCAUGACCCUGUCUAAUAAAACAUGCCAAAUCAGACACAUUAAAUUGGUCUUAGUUUGACACAAAUACUAGGGUUAAAAAUUGGUUCCUAAGCCCAUGUUUUUUGUUUAGUAUUGUUUUACUUUGUAUUCCCAAAAUUGCUUGGAACCAAUGCUGCAUGAGAUCAUACAGAGUCUAUACCGUAUUCUGUCUUGUACAGAUUCUCCUGUUCAACAUUUGGUGACCAUAUUUUAAAAGGAUGUUUUACUGCUUAUAUGUUUUAAUUCAGAGCUCCAGAUAAGGGCCGUACAGCCGUAAAUACGCCUUUUUCAUGAAGAUUUACGCAUUUAUUUUUAUAAACUGGACAUACAAUAACGGCAUUAAUAUCCAUUUUACGCAUUCACAAAAAAAUCUGGCCGUACCGAUACAUCUGCGCGGCGUGAUUUGGUGGUCCCUAACCUAACAACGCUUUACGUUAAUUUAAAUUACCGAAAAGUUGUAGACUGGGUUCAUAUAUUAUUGUCUAUUCUGUUGCAUGAUUUCCUGUAACUUGUAGAUCCGUCAAAAACAAUAUGUCUGCGCGCAAUAGAAUUCCGGCUAAACCGAAAGCGGUUCAAACAACACUUUGUUGUCAUAAAAUGACUACAUACGGUGUCGUCUAACCAUCCUGACAUUAAAUCUGUAAACCCAGAAAAAGACAUUGUCUCCCCGAUAUUAAACAAUUUGAUUGCAUCGGUGGCUUAAAACGUUAGAAAACACGAUGGGAAACGGAUGAGACAGUGAAAUAAGUGUUCAUUUACUUAGCUUACUAGUUGGCUUGUGUUUUCUUGUCAAGAAAAAUGAAGAAAUAGUAUUAGUCAUGAGUUUUAAUGUGUAGUUGUAUUUGCAUCAUAAUUCAGAAUGGAAAACCUAAUACAGUAACUGUUUAAGAAGCUACAUAUAUUUAUUAUAAUUGCUGCAAAUGUUUCUGUAAAGUCAGUUACACACCCUUCAAUAUCCAAGAACACGGGUAGUACAGUACUACCUGUAUUUUUAGCAUAGGUGCUUGCACCUAUGCUUAAGGUAUAUACCACAUUUUGAAAAUCCACAUCGGUCGGUUAACCUUUCUGAAGCCUUACCUGAUCAAAAAUCAGACGAAAUAUCUAUUUAAUUUAGCAUAUGGUAAUUCUUACAAUUUUUUGGGGGGAAACGUUUUUCUAACGUUUUCUUCCAAGAAUAUUACUGACACCGUUUUUAGUGAAUUUUUCUAAGACCGUUUUAUGUCAAAAAAUCUUCUUAUAACCUAGAACAAAUUUCGUUCGUAAAACAAUUCUGUUCUUGUAGAUAGUGACCUCACACCUAAUUUAGAUCUAUAUGGGAUCCCAAUUUCUAUUUCCUUCGUUUACUGUUCUGUGAGAGGUCAAAUGUUUACAUAACUGAAUUAAUAAGGCCCUGGUUAAAGUAUAUGGAACAUUUCAUCGGUUAAUUAUAAAUAGAAAUUAAAACAUAUUCUCAGCAGGAAGUGGGGCAUAAAGCACUUUUAUUCUUUGAAAAUGUGUAAAAAAUGGCGGAGUACGAUGAAUGUUUUCUGAUUUAUGACAUGGAUUCUGACGUGCCUUUCUAUGGAUUUGAUGAAGUAGAGUUUAAAAGUAAGAGAUGUGUUAAUUGAAGUUAAAAUGUUUUACUUUGAGCCAGAAAUUUACGUUACGAGUAGAGUUAACGGUUUAAAUGUGGCAUCGGAUUUAAUGGAUUCGCGUGAAUUCUGGACGAGUGCUGUGUCUGUAAAAUAUUAAAUGGAAAGCUGUAAAUGUAUCAAGUCGGAAAAGAAAACGGAUGGUUGCAUAAUGGUAUGCGUGAAAUAAUGUAAUUCUACGUAUUUAUUUUCAUAGUUAUGUCAUUUUGUAACCAUUCACAUUCGUCACUAUUUGGAAUUCCCGUUUCUAAAAAUAGAGCAUUUUGUUAACAAGGGGGGCGACUCGUGAUGUCAGCAAUCGUUAAGGCUACAAUAUACUAAAUAAUCGAGUCAUGAAGGGCUGUACUUUCUAAACAAGUCAUCAUAUUUUCCUCGAAGGCAUGUUGUACACUUUGUUCUGGUUUUAUCGUUUGGAGAUAUUGAUAGGGGAAGCAUAGGUGUUCACUACUUAAUCCCUGAAAUAGGAUAAAGUUGGAGAUUAAAGUAAAAAAUGGCACUGCAAAAGGUUACAAUCCACUAGAAAACGGCCGAAAAAGGCGCAAAAACAGUCGAUUUUGAUUUGAGUCGAAUUUGUUUUUGGUUUGAACAUGACAAAUCUUUUUUAUUGCUUAAAUCGAUUCAGCUAAGAAUGCCCGUCAAGAAAAGGUAUGGUUAUGGGGGUCUUUUUGUGCAAAAUGUUGUAUUUAUUUUCGCUCAAAGUUGUCGCUUUUACAUCGAAACAUAUAAGGAAACUAUUUAGUAUAUUUUGACCUAAACAUUUACUUCAGCAGCAUCUUCCCUGUAUCUUGCAACUAUGCUUUCAGCGCCAUCGACGCUCUCGUUUGAUAUGGUAGUACAGGUACUAAUUGAUUUUAAGCGUUACUCCUUUUCUUUCUGUCAGUGGCAGUACCGUUACUAAUUUCACAAAUCCUUAUCUGGAGCUCUGGUUUUAAUGAUCAGAUGUCUUUUUAUAGUCUAAAUAUAUGCAUUCAACAGGAAAUUAUUUUGUUAUACCAUUUAAAUGUGUAUCAACUACUCAUAUUAUUGUCUUAUGCAAAUUCAGGAAAUAAUUUUAUUAUAUCAUUGAAAUGUGUAAGCUAUCAGCUUAUCAUAUUAUUGUCUUGGGCACGUUGUUAAAAUUGACAUUUAAUACUUCUAAUUUCUCUAUAAUUAACUUGUUUAAAUGAUACUGUAAGUGUUAUAAUAAUAGAAAAACACAUAACAAUUUGAAUCAGUGUACAUUAAACAAAGGUUCACAAUUUACUUAUAUGGUUUUAUUUAAAUUUAAAUCCUGCAAAAUAAGCUGCCGGUAACUUGUAGACCAUGUUUGGUUUGAGAAUGUUGUGUUCACUUUACAAAAAAUCAUCAUUUAAUUGUGUACAGUGAUUGUCAAAGAAUUGAAAAAAUGUCAUGAAGUUCUAGAUUACAUAGAAAGUUUCUAUGUUAUAUAGAAUUUCAUGACAUUUUUUUUCAAUUCUAUUAGAAACGACUGCAUCAGUCUAUAAUAUGUUGGUGUUUUUACGAUUCUAAGAAUUCUAAGGUUGUUUCUUAUAAGUCAUCAAUGGAAUAAGAUAAAACUGUGUUUGUUAUAUUUUGAUGGUAUAUAUGAUUCUUUUGUAUGUUAAAGAUGUAAAAGGUUGAUUGUUUUCUACUCCCAUUAUAUUUUUAUGCCCCCCUUCGAAGAAGAGGGGGUAUAUUGUUUUGCACAUGUCCACCAGAUGGUUUCUGGAUGAUAAGUCAAGAACGCUUAGGCCUAGGAUCAUGAAACUUCAUAGGUACAUUGAUCAUGACUGGCAGAUGACCCCUAUUGAUUUUCAGGUCACUUGGUCAAAGGUCAAGGUCACAGUGACUCGAAAUAGUAAAAUGGUUUCCGGAUGAUAACUCAAGAAUGCUUAGGCCUAGGAUCAUGAAACUUCAUAGGUACAUUGAUCAUGACUGGCAGAUGACCCCUAUUGAUUUUCAGGUUAAUAGUUCAACGGUCAAGGUCACAGUGACUCGAAACAAUAAAAUGGUUUCCUGAUGAUAAAUCAAGAAUGCUUACGCCUAGAAUCAUGAAACUUCAUAGGUACAUUGAUAAUGACUGGCAGAUGACCCCUAUCGAUUUUCAGGUCAAAGGUCAAGGUCACAGUGACUCGAAAUAGUAUUUUGGUUUCCGGAUGAUAACUCGAGAAUGCUUACGCCUAGGAUCAUAAAACUUCAUAGGAACAUUGAUCAUGACUGGCAGAUGACCCCUAAAGAUUUUCAGGUCACUAGGUCAAAGGUCAAGGUCACAGUGACUCGAAACAGUAAAAUGGUUUCCUGAUGAUAACUCAAGAAUAAUUAGGCCUGGGAUCAUGAAACUUCAUAGGUUCAUUGAUCAUGACUGGCAGAUGACCCCUAUUGAUUUUCAGGUCACUAGGUCAAAGGUCAAGGUCACAGUGACAAAAAACGUAUUCACACAAUGGCUGGCACUACAACUGACAGCCCAUAUGGGGGCAUGCAUGUUUUACAAACAGCCCUUGUUUACUGAAAUGUUUUCAUAUAAUUGGUCUAAACAUAUAUGUACAAUAUAUUUGAAUGGAUAGUAUAUUUGUGUAUAGAUUUAUGCCAGGUACUUGUUAAGAUGUAGAUUAAAAAACAGUUGAAUUAA